UUGAGACCAGCAGGAAGUUAGAGUUUGAACCCAAGUUAAAGCAGAAUGCCGGAACAAACCAAGGCAGCGCCCAAGAAGGGCUCGAAGAAGGCGGCGUCCAAAGCCAGCAAGAGCGGCAGGAAGAGGAAGAGAACCAGGAAGCAGAGCUACGCCAUCUACGUGUACAAGGUGCUGAAGCAGGUCCAUCCCGACACCGGCAUCUCCUCCAAGGCCAUGAGCAUCAUGAACUCGUUCGUCACCGACAUCUUCGAGCGGAUCGCCGGCGAGGCCUCCCGCCUGGCUCUCUACAACAAGCGCUCCACCAUCACCUCCAGGGAGAUCCAGACCGCCGUCAGGCUGCUGCUGCCCGGUGAGCUGGCCAAGCACGCCGUGUCCGAGGGCACCAAGGCCGUCACCAAGUACACCAGCUCCAAGUAAAGCUGCACUCACAAACAGCAACACAACGGCUCUUUUAAGAGCCACACACUUCCUCUGCAGAGCUGCUGCUCCACGUUUCAUCUAAGCUGUGACAAGUUCAUGGAGUUUAACUCACAAUUACUUCAUCAAAACACUGAUGUUUAAUGGUGUGUAAAGAUGUUCCUAAAUGGAGUAUUUUAGUACCAGAUGACAAAACUAUAAUGUUAGAGAAAUAAAGACUAAUAGGGGCUUUCGACCAAAGAGCACCAGGUGCUAGGUUGGUUCAAAGUUAAGAGCCAGUGCUUUUUUGGUUCAAAUCUCGUGCCGCCCCAGAACGGGUUUGUGUUUCCAUUCGGAAGGAGCAAAGUUGGAGCUGCGUCAUUGCGCCACCACAAAACGUGUGUACGUACUGCGUACGUAGCCGUUCAACAGCGUUCACGCUGUACGGAAACCCACACAACAACAAUGGAGGACUUCAUUGGAGUGGUGUACAUGGCUUUGCUAGUGUGUCUCGCCAUCGUUGAGCAGCAAAACCUUCUGUUAGGGGUUACCCAUCGGCGUCGCCGUUCCAAUGCCCGGCGAUCACGUUUGAGAAGAAAGGUAAUUAUCAAAGAUGUUUGGAUACUUAACAGUAAACGUGCUAGCGUUAGCUUAGCUACUUAGCUUCGACUACGCUUGCAUUGAUUACUUAGCGGUUAAACACGCGCAAUAAGUUGAUGAUCAUAUCUAUGUUUAUCUUUUUAGAUGUUUUUAGAUGUCACCCCGCCCUCUGCCCGUGACAUGCUCGGCUCUCAACUCUGGCCAAGUCUGGCCCAGCAACGAGUUGGUGCCCGAAACGGCCCCAGUUUUUGGAGCCCGGAGCCGCAGCUCCGGUGGUCGAAACACAAAAAACCGGCGCCAAGUCGGGCGCCGGCUCCAACUCCGAACGGGCUCCACCCCGGUCGAAAAGAGGGUUGAGUGACACAGUAGCAAGAAGGAGGGAAAAGUUGGAAACUGCCCACUCUGAAUGUCAGUUUUCUGUUACUGAACUGAUGCUAUUAAAUAGUCUCAUGAAUCAA